UUCUUCGCGGCCCUGACCCCGAAUACGCAGUUCCCGGGGUUCGUCCCACCUCCGAGAGAGCUUGAGGGUCGUGUUGUCAGAAGGAUAAGAAUUGGCAUUGACGGGACGGUGAAGUCCAUCGAGGAUCUAACUGGCCGUGACGAUACCCGACCGGCCGACGUCGCUGAGGCUCCAGCAGUCACCAGGACUGUCACAGCUAGUGUCACGAG